AUGAAGACUGGCUUGAGCGUUGCCGGCCUCUGUGCCGGUGUUGCCGCCGUGGUCGUGGUGAGACGCGGGCGUGAUGAGCCUGAGCCGUGGGCUUGCUUCAUGGCUGGCGCCAAGAAGGACUACACGGGGACUGUACAGGCAGCCGCAACGGGGCAAAAAUGCAUGCAGUGGUCAGAUGCAAGCAAUGACGAUCGCAUCACCGCUUUUGCGGCAGACGUACUUGUUUUACUGUUAGACAACUAUGUAUAAUAUUAAAGGAAAAAACCUUCACUUUUUGUUUUUCGGUCUUCUCCUAGUCAGAUUGGUCUCCCCAACAUCACCAGACCUACAACGAGCCUGCGGGCACGAAGCUGGAGGGCAACUUUUGCCGGGCGUUUAAUAACGAGGAAGUACCAUGGUGCUACACUUUACCGGACGGCAAGAAGGAGACCUGCAAUGUCCCAGAGUGCCCAAUAGACGGCCCAUGGGCCAAGGACUACGAAUCCAAGGAAGUCCAAGCACCCAUCAAAUGCACUGACAAGGACGGCGCGCCAACAGUGGAAUGCGACUGCAGCUGUGAAGGCGUGAAAGGGUAUUAUUCAGUUAGUGCCUUUGUGAAAAAAAAAAUUUGUAGAUGAUCUAAAACCAAUUUUUUGUCAAGAUCUAAAUAAUCUAAAUUUACCUUGUUCGGCUUUUUAUCAAGUCCGUUGAACUCCAAAUUUAACCUGAAUAAUAAAAUCUAAAGAAUCUAAAUAAUCUAAACGUUCACCAACAGGACGACGCAAAUUUCGUUUCUGCAGAAUGGCGUCGAGACUGUGGGUUUCUGCCACUGCCCGAACUAAGCCCGAACUACACCGAGUCUAGUGAGACCGGGCUGCUGAAGAUCUGGAUUAUUUAUUGAUGAAUCGAUUGCUGGAACGUUUUUUUCCUUUUUUGAUGAUGAUUGUUACGGUGCUGUGUGUUUUCAAGAACUUCGAUUUGGGUAAUUCAUUCUCCCUUUUGUGCUUUUUCGUGUGUUAUAUUGAUGACUGGAUUCGUCCUUGGGUAGCAUUUUCUAAAUAUUCUAAAUUCUGAUUAUGACAAUAGCGUGAUACUGAUACGACUCAGGUUUUUUUUGUCAACAUUGGAUGUUUGAUAACGUGAUCCCUUGAGCAGUAGUUGUUUUUUCCGAUUUAGAUUUUCACAACGUGAUCUCUUGAGCAGAAGUCUUCGUUUUUUCCGAUUUAG